GACCGAGCGCACGCAGGGGCGCGCCGGUGGCCGGGCCGGACGGGCUGCGGAGGCGGUGGUCGCGAGCACGCGAGACCGGGGGCCAGACGGCCACCGGUGGGCAGAACGUGCCCUGUGCGGAAAGGGACCCUCCACCCGCGACCCUCCACGCGGGGACAGCGAUGCGGUGCGCCCCGAGAUCUCGGUAGCCUCGGAUCUGCGGCUGUGAUGGAUGAGCCGUGGUGGGAAGGGCGCGUCGCCUCAGACGUCCACUGCACCCUGCGCGAGAAGGAACUGAAGCUGCCCACCUUCCGCGCCCACUCCCCGCUCCUGAAGAACCGCCGGUUCUUUGUAGACAUUUUGACCCUGCUGAGCAGACACUGCCACCUGUGCCCCUCAGCCCGGCACCUGGCCAUCUACCUGCUGGACCAUUUCAUGGACCAGUACAACAUCACCACCUCCAAGCAGCUGUAUACUGUGGCUGUCUCCUGCCUCCUGCUGGCAAGUAAGUUUGAGGACAGGGAGGACCGUGUGCCCAAGCUGGAGCAGAUAAACAGUACAAGGAUCCUGAGCAGCCAGAACUUUUCCCUCACCAAGAAGGAGCUGCUGACCACAGAACUUCUGCUCCUGGAAGCUUUUGGCUGGGACCUCUGCCUGCCCACGCCCGCCCAUUUUCUGGACUACUACCUCUUGGCCUCCAUCAGCCAGAAGGACCACCACUGCCACACCUGGCCCACCACCUGCCUCCGAAAGACCAAAGAGUGCCUCAAAGAGUACGCCCACUACUUCCUGGAAGUCACCCUGCAAGAUCAUAUAUUUUACAAAUUCCAGCCUUCUGUGGUUGCUGCAGCCUGCGUUGGGGCCUCCAGGAUCUGCCUUCAGCUCUCUCCCUACUGGACCAGAGACUUACAGAGGGUCUCAAGCUACUCCUUGGAGCAUCUCAGCACGUGCAUCGAAAUCCUGCUGGUAGCAUAUGACAAUGUCCUCAAGGAUGCUGUUGCAGUCAAGAGCCAGGCACUGGCCAUGGUGCCCAGCACGUCAUCAGCUCCCACCCAAGUGCUGUUCCAACCACCCACCUACCCUACUCUCAGCCAGCCACCGCCAACAACACUAGCCCAGUUCCAGAGUCCAGCGCAGGACCUGUGCUUGGCAUAUCGGGACUCAUUGCAGGCCCACCGCUCAGGGACCCUGCUCUCAGGGGACACUGGUCCUUCCCUCCACACCCCCUACCCAACCCUCCAGCCCUUGGAUAUGUGUCCUGUGCCCGUGCCUGCAUCCCUCAGCAUGCAGAUGGCCAUUGCGGCUGAACCCAGGCACUGCCUUACCGCCAGCUACGGAAGCAGCUACUUCAGCGGGAGCCAUAUGUUCCCCACAGGUUGUUUUGACAGCUAGGUCCACAUUUGGACCACGUGGAGAAUCUUGGAAGACCCAGACCAAGGAAGUGAACACCUAAGAGCAGAGCUCAGCCAGGUGAGGCAAAGAAAGAACCUUCAUUAGAGAGCAACAGUGCUCUUUAUAAAAACAAACCAACAAAAUGACACAACCCAGAGCCAAACAUCCAGGAGCAUACCUCGCCCAACAGCAUCUCUCUGGGAAACCUCUUCCAUGUGUGCCUGGAGGACAAGGACAUGGCUCUGUGGCCAUUGCCUUGAGCUGGGGGAUCCCAUGGACCACAUCAGACUUGAUAAGAGACUUGAACAUUGAGGACUGCCUGAAGAGCAGUAGCACAUCCGGGCUUUUCUAAGACUACUUUUCGCAGCUACGCCACUGAAAAAGAUGCACCUGGCACGUCCUCCGUAUCCGUACAAGAUCCAUCCCGAGUGUUUUUCUCUCCCUAGCUCUAUAUCAAGGGCCCCAUGGCCCAUGUUUAUGCCUGAGCAUUGGGCCCUGGAGGCCCAGUGAGUGGCUAUUUUGCCCUUUGUCUUUCAACCUUUUCUCAUCCUUCUAGACAUUUCACACGCUGCUGCUUCCUGGAACAAUCUAGCUUUUGUAUCGUGCAAAAACAUCGUGUUUACAUACUGUGUCAGGGAUUUUAUGAUACUUGAAAAUUCUGUAGGGGACAAAAAAAAAAAAGGAAAGAAAAAAGUUUGAAUCACCACACUCUCUGUUCCACAUGAGGCUGUAUCUUUUAUUAACCCAACUUGGGACUGGCAGGUGGGUAACAAGCACCUCCCAGGCUCUCGGCUCUGGAAGAGUGCGCCCCUGCGCGUGAUGCUGGUAUUGUUCACCUGUUGAACUCAGAUCACUGCCCCCUAGUGGGGGAACAUCACUGAGAGGAAGACAAAGGUUUGAACCCAUCCACACUUGCCCUCCACCACAUGCUUGUGGUGCUAAGGUUAAACUGGCCCCGGUUUUGAGUUUGGCCAACAGCAAAGGGUAAUAGUACUGUGGAAUAGUAGAGAAGUGGAGGGAGGAACAUGGUAUGACUCCAGCAUUGACUGGCAAGGGAUUGCUGGAGCAAAAGCCAGUGUGUCUAGGAUCUGCAGUGCGAGGGCUCAGGAAGACUGUCACCAUGUGCAAUAUAUUAUGACUCUGACUCAUAGCCUGUGCUUAUGAUGUUUUUGUGGUUUUUUUUUUUUUUUCUUAUUGUCAGGGGACAUGCUGUUCACCCUUCAGAAUUGGGAGGGAGGUGCAAAAGACCACAGAGACAAACUUCAGUUUUGUUUUUGAAACAAUUGCCCUGUUUGUUUCUUUCUUUCUUUGGGGAGGGGGGGUGUGACUUUUUUUUUUUUUUUUUUUGAGACAGGUCCAAUGUAGCUAAGGCUAGCCUCAAACUUCGUACAUAGCCAAGGCUGGCCUUGAGCUCCUGAUCCUCCUGCUUCAGCCUCCCAUGUAUGUCACCACACCUUGCCUCCCAUCUUGGUUCUCUUUGACUCAUUUGCCAAUCCAAGAGACCACAGCAGGGACUUCUGAGAAGGUGGCCACAAGCUGCUGAGUAGGAUUUGAUGGUGAUAGGGCUUUUCUGAGCAAAUGGAUGUCUCAUGGAAACAGAACAAGAAAAGAGCUGGACGCAGAUGAGGCGCUGCCAUUUUGUCAGUUAGCAUAGGAACCUGCACAUUCGUUUGUUUUUUUGUUUUGCAUUUUGGCUCCUGUCCCUCCACCUCCUUUACCAGCCUCUUUGUAUUUAUGUGCAGCUGGUUUUGGGGUCUGAGUUAUUGUAUCUGUCUGUUCUGCGCUGGGGCUUGUUUGUGAGAAGCAUCUCCAUUGGAGUCCCGGAGCUAGCCUGAUUCCCAGAACCAGGUGUCCUGCAAUAAACAUACCACAUGCUCUCA